GGGGAGUAGUUGGACAGCCAUUGCAGUGUCGUGGCUCAGUAACAAAACACGAAAAGAGAGAGGAAGGCUUUUCGCAGGCUCUCUUUUUUCGACCAAGGGGACCAAUUUACAUGAUUAUUAGAGCAAACACGUUGGGUUAAUUAGUCUACACCUAAACAACGGGACUCAACAGCUCCGGAUAUGGCAUCCAUAUUUAACUGGUUUUAUAGCAGUGUAAAUAGUAUGCUACAGAUGUUAGGACUGUACAAGAAAUGCGGCAAGUUAGUAUUUCUUGGCCUUGACAAUGCUGGCAAAACGACGCUACUGCACAUGCUUAAAGAUGACAGAUUGGGACAGCAUGUGCCAACUUUACAUCCAACCUCAGAAGAGCUGACGAUCGCUGGCAUGACUUUCACCACCUUUGACCUUGGAGGCCACGCACAAGCACGCAGAGUAUGGAAAAACUACCUCCCUGCCAUUAACGGCAUUGUCUUCCUCGUGGAUUGUGCUGACCUCAUCAGGUUGGCUGAAUCAAAAGCAGAACUUGAUGCAUUAAUGACAGACGAAACCAUUGGAAAUGUGCCUAUCCUGAUCCUGGGCAACAAGAUCGACAGAAAUGACGCUAUCAGUGAGGAGAAGCUGAGGGAAAUGUUUGGAUUGUACGGACAGACGACAGGCAAAGGCAACGUUGCCAUGAAGGAGCUGAACACGAGACCACUGGAGGUGUUCAUGUGCAGUGUGUUGAAGAGGCAGGGCUAUGGCGAUGGAUUCCGCUGGCUCUCCCAAUACAUCGAUUAAAGCAGUCAAGCCCUGUAAUACACCACCACCACCACCACCACCGGGGGGGUGGGGCGCAAAACCCAACCACUCAAGACGCCCAUCGUUGCCACCAGUACCAUCUUACUCAGCCCCAUGUUUGGUUAACAAGUCUGCCUCCACCUUCAGAGAAACCAGUACAACUUGAUCCCAAUAGACUUUUAUUGGUUGAACAUUUGGUUCUGCACUUACAGAAAUCAUACCUGUACACACACACACACACACACACACACACACACACACACACACACACACACACACACACACACACACACACAAACUCUUAUUCAUGUUUUUCUAAGAGAGUAACAUAGCAUUGGUUCCACUGCAAAGGGUGUUUAAAUUCAAACGGAUGAAUCUUUUCUAUAUUGUGUCUGUCAUUUUCUGCCCUCACCCCCCCCCCAAACUCCCAUCCUGCCAUCAGUUGAGUGUGAUGAUAGAUGCAUUAUAACUGUAAAUCUGUAUAUGAUUUCAUUGGUAUAUCAACAAUCCUGAUGCCUAUGUCCCCUCUUAAACUCAUUUUGAGCUAUGAGAGGGAGCCACAUAGUUGCUUACAUUGCAGUAGACUUUUUUAACAGUAAAGACAUUCAUUCGACAUUGUAUUUAAUCGACACUUUGGUUUGUCCCGCUUUCUUUUCUUUCUUUCUUUUUUUUUUUUUUACAUUUAAAUUAAUAACAGUGUGGCCAUGUAUACAGCCCUCACUAUAGACGCAUGGCUUUUUCACCCGUUAAUUAGAUGGACCAGUGCAUUUAACUUAGUGUUUCAGAAAGAAAAAAAAAAAAACUUGUUCCAGACUUUUCUAUCUUGUGAGCACAGUUGCAUUGGAUGGAUUCACGUAAUCUGUGGGUUCCCCUUUUAAAGAUGUCAUGGGGUGGUAGUAUAGCAGAUGGGAAUCCGAUUUUUAAUAGAAAUAAUAAAGGCUAUAAACCAGGAAAAGUGUGUCAUGGUGCAGAAGGCACAUGGGUCAGUUGAUGCAAAGAAACACAUUUAAAGAAAUGAAACUUUGGGAUCCAUAGCUUGAUAGUAACAUGCAGUAAGACAUGAAAGAACUAAACAGAUGGUUAUAACAUCUAGUAAUUGUCAAUAUUGGAAUUCCAUCCUUCAGAUGUAUUUUCCAGCGCAGACCUUUUUACAGGGUGAAUCUAGUGACCAAGUGUAGAUAACAGAGGACACAGUCCCUCAGUGGGAACAGGUAGGUAGGCCGUAGUAGCCUCUAAGAAAAGGGACCAUAUAUGUAUAUGAAAUGUACAUGAACACCGUACAUGGAUUUUGUAUUAAUAAGUGGUAUCCUUUGACUCGUGCAUUACCAGAAACUAUUAUGCAUGCCUUGUUCUUUUUGAUUUUGAAUGACCAAUAUUCCAGAGUGAACAACAGGAGGGGAAAAGAUGCCAAAAUUUACCAUAGAGCUGAUUAUCAUGUUUUUUUUUUUAACAGAAACAAUGGAAUUGCGCUUAAUACACGUUUUUUUUCUGUCCCCUUGUGUCUAUUUCAUUCCCUCAUGACUACGUGAUCGAGCUGUUCCAACAAGGGUGGGACUUGCUGUUGUUUGCAUCAUAAAAAAAAUGUAAUAAAUGUUUUCAAUGAAUAACAGACUUAAA